GAGAACAUUUAAUCGAUUACCAUAAUACGUGAUCUUGUCUUUCGUUCAAUCAUCAAUCACCCAGUCCGCUGUACAAAGCGAUCAGCGAAGUGUAAUAACUUUUGGAACGUUCUGUAGAUAAAGUGAGCGUAUUAAAGGUACAUAGAGAUCCUUACACGUGCUAUUCUUCGUAGGAAGUUAUAGGACCAACAAUCCAUUCCCCUGCAAGAAGAAGUUUCCGAUCCAUGCAUCGUCAAAAUGGAUAAAACACUUUUGACUGGACACCAAAAUUUGCUAACAGUGGACAGUGGCUAUCAUGGACGGCGGAGGAAUUCGGCGACACUUCUGACUCCAGGAGCAACAAGUCCUCUCCUACAAGUCCGACAAAAUGCUCCACGACGAAACAGCAUGCCAGAAAAUGUUUACCUCAAUGGUGACAAUUCUUUGGAUUUGGAACGAGUAAGGUCAUUUCGAAUGACAAAAUCUGGUAUUGUGAACAGAGGUGAUAGGAUUCGCCGAAAAAGUACAACGAGUAUUAGUUCCGCCGGAAGUAACGUCAGCGGUGCUAGUUUUCAAGAUGUGACAGCACCUCAUCCUUUGGAAAUGAGUGACGGAGAAAUGAACUCUGACCCCGAAAGUUUUUCUGUGGCAAUAUUAGGAGCGCAAGGGGUUGGUAAAAAGACGCUGAAAACGCAGUUUAUGACAUCGGAGGCUAUUUGUACCAGCAACACCUCAAUAGAUGCAGAUGACGAAGAAGCAACGGUCCCCGUGAAAUUAGACGAGGAAGAAUCCAAUAUCAGAAUAAUUGAAGUACCUGACCUGAAGUCAAUUGAAGAUCUACCGGAUGUGGAUGCCAUUCUCGUGGUCUAUUCUGUGGACGAUGAACAGUCGUUUAAAGAGGCCGUUCAAAACAUUCAGUUCAUAAGGAAGGAGGUGGCAGAGAAGCAGGCCAUAAUACUUGUGGCAAAUAAGGCGGAUCUAGAGAGGCGGAGGGUAGUCUCCGAGAAAGAAGCCAAAGCUGUAUCUGACCGUUAUCACUGUAAAUAUGUAGAGAUCUCUGUUGUUCUGAAUCAUAAUGUUGACGAACUGUUGGUUGGAAUAGUCCGCCAGGUGCGACUGAGGAGGAAUUCCAUAGAACUGGAGGUACCCACCCUCACCCCAACCAAAAUGUCUAAAUCGUUCUCCUCCAAAACAAAGUCAUUCUUGUGCAAGUUGUUUAAGGUGGGACAGAAAGAACAUUCUAGUAAUAAUCUGUACGACUUGUGAGCUGAAAAACCAACUAGUCGUAGAAAUGUACUAUUUUUCAAAGUCAUGACAAAUUGAAUCAGACGAUGCCAUUUCUGGAUUCAGUUUCGAUAUAAGGAUUAGACUUCGGUCGUCGGACAUGUGCAUGUAGUAACACUGAAACUUAGUGAGCACCGUUUGAAAGAAUGGCGAGCUGAAAGGGAAUUUACCAAGAAAUUUGAGUAGCACCGAAUCGAUGGUCUAGCACCGAUUUUCUCCCCCUUUCUUCAGUACCAACGAUGGAAUUCCAUGUCUUAUUGCUGCGCUCAUAUUGGUGUUUGUAUGUGGAUAUGCACUUUCUUAAAAUAUGCUAUGGGGAAAAAGAGUAAAAAUGGUGAUCACAACUAUCAACUUUCAUUUGAAGAACUUGUUUUGGAAUCACGUGUAACAGUGGUUGUUCAUUCACACUGAAAUAGACAAACCUUUUUAUUGUACAAUUAACUAAUAAUAUAAACAUCAAUCAACCUUGUAGUACUACAAAUUUACGUUACUUCACAGGCAUCUAAUCUAUUUCGGAAACGCAGAUGCAAACAAAAGGAUCAGAGAACUGGUAUAUUACAGUUGAACCGUAACUUGAGUUCUUGUAAAUUUCUUUCAUCGGAGACACAGAUGUGUUUUGUUGUAUUUAUAAAUAUUCGUUUCAAAGACAAGUAGGCGAUAAUAUAAAUUGUGCGGAAACUUCCGAAACGAAAAAUGUGUACAAUAAUAAUGCUGGUUGAUUUACGUAUUGGAUUGUAUAAUGUGAAAAAAAAAUAACAGGAAAAAGAAAUACGAAUCUCAAUGAGAUGUCAUAAGGUUUUAUAUUUUACAAAUUAUUUUGAAAUACAGGAUUACAUGACAUGUGUAUUUCUUAAAUUCGUUGGAAGCGGUCAGGAAUAAAAUUA